CUAUUUCUUAGGUUAAUGUCUGAGCGCCGGUUAAAAUCCCCGGAUGUCAGUGUGUCUGAGAGAAAAAUCAGCACUUUAAACUUUACUCAAGAAAUUCUUAUUGAUGAAAGGAUGGCAAAGAGGGGAGCUAGUUCUGAAUUGACUGACCGUAACUGGGAUCAGGAAGAUGAACCAGAAGAAGCAGGUACAUUUGAGAAAGCAACUGAAGAUGCCUUGAAAGGGAGACAAAUCAUCAAAGCAAAGAGGCGGACUGCUGAUGAGGCUAGUGGUGGAAAGUCAGCCUUUUCUGGCUUUGGGGGAUUUGCCUUCAAACCCACACAAACUAGCACACCAUUAUUUUCUGGGGGAAUGUUCAAAACAGAGUCAAAAAUCUCUGAAGCUGAGAAGCAGAAGGACAAACUAGGAACUGUCCAUGAGACUACAGAAAGCGCAGAAGAAAAGUCAGCAAAUGGAAAUCACAACAGAGCUAGUGACUCACCAAAUCGAACAGCUUAUUUGUCAAAUCUUAAAUCAUUAAAUAUGAGUGUAUUGAACUGGAUACAAACACAUUUGGAUAAGAAUCCUUAUUGUAUACUUACACCUAUAUUUAAAGACUAUGAUACACAUUUAAAACAGUUGGAACAAGACAGAGAAAAGUCUGAAUCCAAUGGAUCCAGCAGCAAAGUUUUGAAAAAGGAGGAGUCCGUGAAGCCCAUGGAAGCAGAAAAGACGGAAAUGCCCAAGACGGGGCUCACAUUUGGUAUGGGCACACUCCAAGCGAAUAGUUCCACCUUUUCUGGAGCAGGCUUCCCCGCAUUUAGCUUCAAACCCACAAGCCAGCCCCUGGGGACUGCCUCUGGGUCAGGGUUCAGUUUUGCUGUGGGGUCGCAGCAAAAUGCAUCAGGGAGUAAGGAUGACGGAGCAAAGGGGGAUGAUGAGGACGGGUAUGUGCCGCCCGUGGUGGAAACAGUUGAGCACAAGGAGGAGGGCUCACUGUACAGCAAGAAGUGUAAGUUGUUCUACCAGAAAGACGGGGAAUGGAAGGACCGAGGCGUGGGCUUCCUGCAUCUCAAGAAGACCGAUGGGAAGGCACAGCUGCUGGUCCGAGCAGAUACCACUCUUGGAAACAUUCUACUGAACAUUCGUCUAGUGGACACAACCCCGAUGUCUAGACAAGGCAAGAACAACGUCAAUCUCAUGUGUGUUGUCAGCCCGCCCAUCCCGAAAAUGCCAGAGGACAAACCUAUCCCCAUGUUAAUCCGAGUGAAGACUGGAGACGAUGCUGAUGAACUACUGCAUAAAAUGAAGGAGAUCAGUUCAUGAACAUUGUUGCUCUCUGAGACUUGCAUCUAGUUGUGUAUGGUUACAUGGCACAUGUGACAAUGUACAUGUUUUAGAUUUUAUCAACUUGGACUUAUGGCUAUGCUAGUUCGGUAAAUUUACAAGAAUCAUGGCAUAGACGUUUGGGUGGAUUUCGUAAUACACAAUAAUGCAUUCUUUCAUAGAUGGUUGAAUUUAACUCGACUAACAUUUGAGGAUAUGUGAUUUGAUUUGCUAUCAUAGUAAAUAAUUGAUCCGUAAAUUAUUGGAUGGAAUUAUUACCAGGUCAGUAACGCUAUAUUACCUUUGUCAAUUAUUGUUUGAUAAAAAGCGAAGCAGCUUUAGGGAGAUGCAUUGUUAACUUACUCCACAUUUAAUCAUUUGAUGUAUAAAUUGAUGAUGAUGAUGAUGAUGAUGAUGAUGAUGAUGAUGAUGAUCUUAGUAAAUUGCUUAAAUGUCUGGAUUUCUAUUAAACCUUACACCAUAACUACAGCAUUGGAUUUCUGUGAAAUUUUGUCUCUUUAAAAAAACACAAAUUAUAUAGUAUGUGUAUUUGUCUUUAUUUUGUUAAUGACCUUGUUUUGAUCAGACCUCUGGUCUUAGCCUGUAGAUUUGAAUGUAGAUGUAGAAACUACACUUUUAAUUGUUUCUGUACAUUUUUAGGCCUUUUCAAGAAUGGAGUCAUCUCAAAUAAGAUAUUGAAGUAGAAAGAGAAUUUAUACUUCUAUGUACUGCGUUGUUAUAAAUAGCUGUAACUGGCUUUCCAUCGUCAUCUUAUAGCAAUUUAUUGAAUAAAUACACAUUUUUUAUGGAAACAAACCAUACAUGACCUUUUAACUAGACAAUUGUAUAGUGAUAAUUCAGGGCUGAUGAAAUACCAAACCGAUUUUGACCAUGCCAUCUUGUAAUGAUUAUUUAUUGCUCAGAUGUUUGCAUCAAAAACAGAAGGAAGUAAAUUAAAAUAAACAGAAAUGAAUUGGAAAACAAUUUUAAAGGGGAUCUGAGCCCCUUAACCCUGCUCUGGACAUGAAUCUGACAUACUCAAACAGACCCUUGAUUCCUGCUGUUAAAUGAAACAUAUCAACAGCUUCAUGUUGAAUAAAUAAUUGCGUUCUGGUAUGGUUUAGUGAUAAACCUUUGUAGCUAUUAUCUUAUAAGUUCUGGAUUUAAGGAAAAGUCUGUCUUCCAGAUUAGCAAGUAAAUAAAGGGUGCUGUAUGAACAGAUUUUCAAAAUUUUAUUGACAACAAAUUGCUCUUACUCGAAUUCAUAGUAUAAACUAGUCUUGUAAUUCUGCUUGUCAGAAACAUGUAAAUGAAGGCCAACGUAGUGAUAGUUUCUACAUUACACUUUCGUUAAGAAAUAAACUGGUAAUUUCCUAUUAAAACAUAAAUGUUGUUAUGGUUAUGGAAAUCAUAAUGAAUAUUGUUUAUAGAUUUACUAUGAAGUUACUGUUUAAACAUCUAUGUUAUGCAUAGAAAUACAUGUAUAGUGUUCAGUUCUUUUUGUAUCAUUGAUGUACAUUGCAAUUGUUAAGAAAUUAUUUUUUGGAAAAUG